ACAUUUUUAUUUGAAACUACCAUUUAGAAAGUUACUUCUGAACAAAAAAUUACUAUUUACGUUCUCUCCUUCUGACAUCUUGAAAGUCGAAGUUUGUAAACAAGAGUAGUCGACGUGAAAUUAAACUUUCGCGAUUAAGAAAUUAUAUUUAAAAUUCGCCACUCUUACUUGACUUAUAAUUACUGAAUAUCAGAAAAAACUACAUUUCAGUGAAAUCUUCCUGUGAAAAAAUGCAGAGCGUAGCUCGUUCAUUACUGCGAUAUGGAAAUCAGCUCGUCCUGAAGAAAAUUUCUCCUCAACGCACAAAUGUGGGUAUGAUUUAUACUUCAUCUACUUAUAAAAGUGACAAAUUAUUUGUUCACAGAGAUACAGAUAAAAACAACCCUGAAAUUCCUUUUGAAUUCACACCAGAAAACUUAAAACGAGCUGAAUCGAUUAUUAAUAUCUAUCCCGAAGGCCACGAAGCUGCGGCUGUCAUUCCUUUACUAGAUUUAGCCCAACGACAGUACGGUUGGUUACCCCUAUCUGCUAUGCACUAUGUCGCUGAUAUGUUGAAAAUGCCCCGUAUGAGAGUAUAUGAAGUUGCUACAUUUUAUACAAUGUUUAAUCGGGAUCCUAUUGGCAAGUACCAUGUUCAAGUGUGUGGUACUACUCCGUGCAUGUUACGAGGAGCUGAAGAUGUCACCGAUAGAUGCAAAAAGAAUCUUGGUGUUAAUGUUGGGGGUACAACGAAGGAUGGUAUGUUCACUUUGAAUGUUGUUGAAUGUCUUGGAGCUUGUGUCAAUGCACCAAUGCUCCAAAUUAAUGAUAAUUAUUAUGAAGAUUUGACUGUUGAGGAUGUUGAUGAAAUACUUGAUGAUUUAAGAGCUGGUAGAGUGCCGAAAGCUGGUCCUCGCAAUGGAAGACUUGCUUGUGAGCCUGCAGGAGGGUUAACUUCUCUCACUGAGCCACCCCCUGGACCUGGGGUUGGCGUUCGAUCAGAUUUGUAAGCAAAUUAUUAGUUGUAUAUAAAAUUGUAUUUAUGUAGUAAUUUUAAAAAUUAAUAAAAGGAAUUAAAAAAAUAUA